UCCAAAUCAGCGAUCUGCGACCGUGAUCGAUGAUGCAUACGGUGACUAGACUGAAACAUAAAGAGAAAAGAAAAAAAAGCGAGAAUAGACGCUUUUCUGUCACGCGUUUACGCGGUGAAAGUAUUUUGAUUCGGAAGAGGGAGUUCACCUGCUGACAAGUAAUAAAGCGGCAGACGGCACCUCGGCAUUGAACGAACUUGAAUUUACCGUCAGUUCACGGCCGUUCGUUCGAGCUUACCAUUUCUAUCGGCAUCAUGCGUGUGAUUCUGCUGCUCACCUUCUUAGCGAACGCCAAUCUCAAUGGAUACGCAGAGGAAAUUUGGCAGCAGGACCUGUCUAAAGACAUGCAGAUAGGUGCAUCCACCGAAGGCUAUGAUCGCGUAGGAUUGCGAUGCGGUGCCGAAAAGAUGACUGUGGAGCUCAGGACGACGGAGGAUUUUUCAGGAGUGAUCUACACUCAGGGUAAUUUUUACUCCAGAGAACCGUCCUGCUUCCUCGAUCCAGUUCGCGGUAGAAGCUUCACUAUGAGCAUCCCUUUGAACAAAUGUGAUACUGAAAGGAAUGGAGAGAAAUACAGUAACGUCGUGGUCAUCCAGCACGAUGAUGAACUAUUGACUCCGGGUGAUGCAGCUUUUACGUUGGAAUGUGACUUCUCAAAACCGCGUGAUCUCACGGUAACGGCGAAUUUAAAUGGAAACAAGAAAAGAUACACUAGAUCGAGUAUAGCUCUCGUCGACGCCGAUCCGGGAAGAGACAGGAGGAAAAGGGCGGCGUAUGUGGAAAGCUACGAUGAUGAAGUUGUUUUCAUGCCGCAGAAAGCAUAUCAAUAAAAACAACCAUUGGAUAAUGUUUGAUAAAUCAUGCCAGCGAAUGUCAUCGAUUUCGAUGAGACAAUUCAGCAUUCUGCACUCUAGAUAUCGUUGCUGUUAUUUAUUAUACUCUGUUUGUUUGAAUAAAUUAUUUAAUCCGUUCGAGGUUAAAUGUCUCAUUUCAUAA